CUUGGACAUAGCUUGGGUCCUUCCAUUUACAUAUGAGGUAGUUAAGGCCAGAUUCUACAUAAUAAAAUAAAAAACAAGAAAUCAUUUAAUGCCUACUAUAUAUAACAAGACACCACAGGCUGGAACUUGAGAAAUAAAUUUGUAUUCAAUUUUCCGCUCUUUUUUUCAUCAACUUUGUUUGAUUUGUUUUCACAAAACAUUCUUACAGCUGGUCUUCCAAAAUCUUUGCGGCGAGCUUCUCGCCAAUCACCCCUCCUCAUCCCGCACAACAUGGCACAAAUAUUCUCCCCCAGAUCAAUACUACUUUGUGUAGUUUUCUUCUUUUCUACAAAUGUCCUUGCUAUAUCUGCUGUCCUCGGCAUAGAUCUCGGCACCGAAUACAUUAAAGCUACCCUCGUCAAACCCGGUAUCCCACUCGAGAUCGUUCUAACCAAAGAUUCGCGAAGGAAAGAGAUCUCUGCAGUCGCAUUCAAGCCCUCACAAAAUGCCCCCAAGAGUGGGUCGUAUCCCGAGAGGGCAUUUGGCUCCGAUGCUAUGGCUCUUGCACCUCGAUUCCCUUCCGAUGUCUAUCCGAACCUGAAGACCGUCCUUGGCCUCACCACAGAUGACUCAAUUGUGAAGGAGUACGCCGCGAGACAUCCGGCUCUCCAAAUUGAACCUCACAAGACCCGUGGUACAGUCGCAUUCAAGAGCCAAGCUACCGCCAAGGAAGAAGCAUGGAUGGUAGAAGAAUUGCUGGCAAUGGAGCUCCAGAGCAUUCAGCGCAACGCUGAAGCACUAGCUGGUUCCGACAGCAGCGUUCGAUCUGUCGUUAUUACCGUCCCGCCAUUCUAUACUGCCGAAGAGAAGCGCGCUGUAGAGCUGACCGCUGAACUUAUUGGUCUCAAGGUUCUCUCCCUUAUCAGCGACGGUCUUGCCGUUGGGUUGAACUACGCUACGAGCCGAACGUUCCCAACCGUUAGCGAGGGAGCUAAACCAGAGUAUCAUAUGAUCUUUGAUAUGGGUGCUGGAUCUACUAAGGCAACAAUCAUGAAGUUCCAAGGUAAAACGGUCAAGGAUAUCGGCAAGUUCAACAAGACGGUCCAGGAAGUACAAGUUGUCGGAGCUGGUUGGGAUAGGACUCUAGGCGGCGAUGCUCUCAACUACUUGAUUGUAGACGACAUGAUCUCUAAGUUUGUCGACAUGCCCGCGGCUAAGAAGACCUCCGUGACGGCGGAAAGCGUUCGGGGACAUGGAAGAGCUAUGGCGAAGCUUCUAAAGGAUGCCGAAAGACUAAGACAUAUUCUCAGUGCCAACGUCGACGCUGCCACUAGCUUCGAAGGUCUCUAUGAGGACAUCGACUUCAAGUAUAAGAUUACUCGAGCUGACUUUGAGAAGUUGGCCGAAGCACACGCCGAGAGAGUUGGCGCCGCCGUCCAAAAGGCGCUAGACGUAGCCGAGCUAGACAUUAAGCAACUCGACUCUAUCAUUCUUCACGGCGGUUCUUCGCGGACACCUUUUGUCCAGAAGCAGCUCGAAAAGAUUGCUGGUGGCGACAAGCUUCGCAGUAACGUCAACUCAGACGAAGCUGCCGUAUUUGGUGCAGCUUUCCGAGCUGCCGAGCUUAGCCCCAGUUUCAGGGUUAAGGAAAUUAGGAUCUCUGACGCCACUUUCUUCCCAGCAGGAAUGAAAUGGACAAACCCCCAUAACAAACCCCAACAUCAGCGACUUUGGACCGAGCGAUCUCUUCUCGGUGCUCCCCCGAAGGAAGUCACUUUUACGAACCACGAAGACUUCUCGGUCCAUUUCUACCAACAGGUUCCCGCAACUGAUGGCAAUGUGGUAGACCGGGAGACAAAAGUCUUUACGACGAAGAACCUGACAGCUUCCGUAGCAGCUCUCGUCGAGAAGGGAUGCUCUGACUCUGAUAUUCAUUUCAAGGUUAAACUACGACUCAGCAGUGAAAACGGUGAAGUAGAAGUAGCCAAGGCUGCCGUUGAGUGCGAGGCUGAAGUGCAAGAAAAGGAAGGAUCGGUUAUGGAUGGUGUCAAGAAUCUCUUCGGAUUUGGCAAGAACAAGGACCAACAGCCUCUAAAAGAUGGUGAUGAAGCUUCCGAGGGUGCUUCUACUACCGGGUCUACCAACACGGGUACAACUUCUGCCGUGGAAUCUAGCUCUACUUCAACCACUGUAUCUGAAUCAACAUCCGCUGAAUCUGCUGAGGGUAGUCCGGUACCGAAGAAGAAGCAACUUGUCGUAAUCCCCAUUGACUACACUUUAGAGAAGGCGGGAAUUCCGGCUCUCUCGAAGGCAGAGCUUACCAAGUCGAAAGAUCGCAUCAAGGCUUUUGAAGCAUCAGAUAAAUCCCGACGAUUAAGGGAAGAGGCGUUAAACCAGCUUGAGGGUUUCACCUAUAGAGUCAGAGACCUGCUAGAGAGCGAAUCCUUCGUGGCCGCAUCUACCCCUAAAGAGCGAGCUAAGCUGGAGAAGAAGGCUAGCGAAGCUAGUGAUUGGCUAUAUGAUGAUGGAGCCGACGCAUCACGCGAGGAACUUAAGGCUAAGCUCAAGGGUCUAAAGGAUAUCGUUUCUCCCAUAGAAAAGAGAAUUGAAGAGUCACAGAAGAGACCGGAGCUAGUCAAGAAUCUACGAAGUACACUAGACCAGACGAAUACCUUCAUUGAUACCAUCAAGGCAAAGAUUGCUGAGGCAGACGCCUACAUGUCUUCUCUCGGCUCUAGCUCUUCGACCACCGAAAGCGCUUCUACUGUCACCUCGGCCCCUUCUCAAGAUUCUGGCGAGUUUGAAGGUCUUGAAGAUGAAGACACCACGACCUCAACAACCACUACAACCGCCGAGGACCGCAACCCGACACCACCGGUUUACACACUUGACGACCUCAAGGAAAUUACGGAGCUUACAAAGUCUGUGAUCAAUUGGUUAGAGAAGAAAGUCGCGGAGCAGGAGAAGCUCCCCGAGACAGCAGACCCCGUCUUGUUGACUAAGGAUCUGGUUGAGAAGACCAAGAAGCUCGAGAAGGCCGGUAUGGACUUGGCCAUGAAGAGUAUAAGAAGUUUUGAAAAGAACAAGAAGAGGAACGGCAGCUCGAAGAAAUCGAGCAAGGCCAAAACCAAGAAGGGAUCUACCAAGACGGAUAGCGACGGCUCGAAGCCGACGGCAGAUGCUAAGGACGGGGAAAACUACAUCAAGUUCGGGGAAGACGGCAAAGGCCCGUCGGCAGAGGAGAUCGAGGAGUUGAUCCAGCGCUUGUCUAAGGAGCAACAGAAUAAGGAGGAGCCUAGGACAAAGCACGACGAGCUGUAAUAGAGGCCAUAGAUAGAGAUUCUUUUUUUGAUGAAUGAUACGAGAUAAAUGGCAAGAGCCAUUCUGAAUAGUACAACAAUAUUUGGGUACGAAUACUUUCUUCUAUAUUUGGUCGUGUGGUUAGGCGUACCUAUAGACUACAUCCUCUCACGAGGCGUAAGUGAAGCA